UGUAAUGUUCAUGGUGCCAGCACCAUUUUUGACACAUGACGGCAAAUGUCAAAACUUAAACAAUUUCAAUAAUAAAUAAUAGUGGCAAAUCAAUUAUUAUGCAACGGUUAAUGAAUAAAUAGUGUUGAAAACGAUGUGAGUGCUAGUACAGUUCUCUUCGUCGCAUGCUAGUGGUUACCACUUUUUUUCUUGAGGUUAUGUAAAAUCCAACUUCGAGAUAUGGCACUUUAUUUAAGCCGCUUUUACGUGAGCAGCUCUCGAUUUAUAUCACUGCUAACUUUAACUCGGGUUUUGCCUCAAUUUUAUUCAAAAUUUGAGGCCGAUGUUAUUGACGACUUUACAACCCAGUUGAUGCAAAGUAAAAUCAGUAAAUGGGAGUCAAAGAAGCGACAAAACCAAGCCCUGUUGGAGAACAUCCCUAAAAGUGAUGACACCCAUCUUGGGGAAAUAUCGGUGGAGAAUAUGGGAAGUGAUCAACUUGGCUUUCUCUUCCAAAACGCAAUAGAUAGUAACGACACAAAAGCUGUUAAGAAUUUAAUCAACUUGUGUAUUCAACACAAUAAAUCGCCGACAGUUAAUACCAUAGUUAAUGUCCUUUCAAUAUGUGGGGCAAGUGGCGAUAAAGAGACCAUUUCUCAAAUUCAGGAGUUAUGCAAAACUCAUCACCCCACUGCACUCGAGGACAAUUCGAAUUUUCGCCACUAUCUCGCCAAGGCAAUAUGGACGAAAGGAGAUAUUUCCAAAGCCUUAGAAAUGUUUGAAAAUGUUUACCGUGAAAAUCCCUUUUUGAGGCGAAGUAUCCGCCUCAUGUUAAAAUACUUAAUCAGUGAUUUGAUUACAAAUGGCAGUGAAGCCGCACUAGCAAACACGAUUGCUUUCUCAGAACGGAUUCAUAGGGACUUUCAAGAUGUGAGUCCCCUCACUUGCGUGUGGCAAGCGUGUUUCCUGAGCGAGUGGUUCACUGAUCAAAGUGUAGCUUUAGAACUACUCGAAAAACACAACGGUUUGUGCAAAUCUGUGAUCAAUAGAAUCCCUUAUGUAGUUUUUGUCUCGCUAAAGUGCCACAGGACCGAAGUUGUCUACCGGUUGUUGGAAAUUUUACUCAAGUUUAAGAUGAAACAACAAUAUUCCAACGUGUUGGAGUCUCUGUUAGAAUAUCAAUUUAGGUAUGGAGAUUGGAAUCAGUGCUCGGAAAUUAUUAGGUGGGCAGUUGACAACGACGUGGCUUUACCUAAAACACACCACAUUAAAUUAAUUAAUUCGAAGCUUAACAAAAAGAUGAAGACUCCUUUCGCACAGCUGGAACAGGAAUCGGGCGAGAAACCAAAGUGGAAGUUGUAAAUAGCAAGGAAUAAUAAAACAGAUUUUAAAUAAUAUAAA